AUGCUGUUUGCUGACUUCUGUGGGACAGAUUCUCUCACCACAGCUGACUUCAGGCUGCGGGUCAGCAACGGCCGGCAAAGCAGAGCCGGUCGCCUCUCUUUCUGUACGAAGCUAUGCUAUGGCAUUGGGGGGGUCCCCAACCAGGUGGCCUCCAGCGCCUCGGCCUUUUACCUGCAGCUCUUCCUGCUUGACGUAGCACAGAUCCCUGCCGCCCAGGUGUCAGUCGUCCUGUUUGGGGGGAAGGUGUCUGGGGCAGCCGCGGACCCCGUGGCUGGGUUCUUCAUCAACAGGAGCAGGAGGACAGGGUCCGGACGCCUCAUGCCCUGGACUGGACAGGGCCUCCAAGAGCCCCUCAGCCGGCCUGUGGCUCUCGCUGAGCUCGUGACCCGAAUCCAGGGUCCUCGCCGAACCCGCCUCUCCGCAGCUCCCUCUGGACACAAAGGCGAGCCCCGGGUCCCUCCCCUCCAAAGGGCCGUCUGGAGGGAGCAGGCUGGCCGCGAGAAGGCACAGGCUGGGGCCGGGCCUCAGGCGGGGCCAGGGGAGGGGGCCGCCGAAGGGCUUGGGGCAGAGCCGAGUCGUCUCUACUCCAUUGCAGCCGCCGUGGUUGCUGUGACUUACCCUGUGUGCAGCAGCUUGCUCUGUCUUGGGGUGAAGGAGCGGCCAGACCCCUCCGCCCCAGCCUCAGGCCCAGGCCUGAGCUUCCUGGCUGGGCUAGGCCUCACUGCCCGGCAUCCGCCCUACCUGAAGCUGGUGGUUUCCUUCCUGUUCAUCUCUGCUGCCGUUCAGGUGGAGCAGAGCUACCUGGUCUUGUUCUGCACACACGCCGCCCAGCUGCACAGCCACGUCCAGAGCCUGGUGCUGACCAUCCUGAUCUCGGCUGUGCUGAGCACCCCGCUAUGGGAGUGGGUUCUGCAGCGAUUUGGGAAGAGGACGUCUGCCUUCGGAAUCUUUGCGAUGGUGCCUUCUGUAAUCCUGCUGGCUGCUGUGCCCACAGCACCUGUGGCAUAUGUCGUGGCCUUUGUAUCUGGCGUGAGCAUUGCUGUGUCCUUGCUGCUACCCUGGUCCAUGCUGCCGGAUGUGGUGGAUGACUUUCAGCUGCAGCACCAGCUCGGGCCAGGCCUGGAGACCAUCUUCUACUCAUCCUAUGUCUUCUUCACCAAGCUGUCAGGGGCAGGCGCCCUGGGCAUCUCCACCCUCAGUCUGGAGUUCGCGGGCUAUAAGGCAGGUGCCUGCAAACAGGCGGAGGAGGUGGUGGUCACUCUCAAAGUCCUCAUCGGCGCCGUGCCCACCUGCAUGAUCAUCACCGGGCUGUGCAUCCUCCUGGUUGGCCCCGCUGUGAAGGCGCCAAGCCAGGACCCCUCCCGCCAGCUGAGCGUUCGGAGGAGGACCAGCUACAGCCUCGCUUGA